GCAUAUAUAUUAUCAAGACAAGCAUGCAGUACUACUGGAGCUCAGAGGAGAUGGAUUCAGCUUCCAAGUAACACGAAUAAGUCGAGGAAUGUACCACUGGCGUUUGCCUUUGACAUAGAUGGAGUCUUGAUUCGGGGCAACCGUGCGAUCCCGUCGGCAAAGCGAGCUCUCAUGGUGCUGGAAGGCGACAAUCCGCUCAAGACCAAGAUUCCAUACAUUUUGCUCACGAACGGCGGCGGUAUAGAUGAGUCCGAGCGAUGUAGAAGGUUGAGUAAGGAGUUAAGCUUUGAGAUCAAACCUACGCAAUACAUCCAAGCUCACACAAUUCUGAAGACUGUGGUACACAAGUAUACCCACACACCUGUCUUAGUGCUUGGAGGCUUGAACGACGACAUAAGAAAAGUCGCUGAGAGCUACGGCUUUAAACACGCAUAUACCACUCUUGACGUCAAGGCAUGGAAUCCUUCUGUCUGGCCAUUCUAUGACUUGACGCCAGACGAACGCGCCAGGGCAAAGCCGGCAGACUUCUCGACAACGCCCAUCCAAGCUGUCUUCGUCUUUCACGACCCGCGCAACUGGGCGCUUGACGUACAGGUGCUAUGCGACAUCAUUCAGUCGGGUGGGAUCGUCGGCGGACCGUACAAAGAGCCCGAUGUUCCUGUCGAGCUCAUUUUUUGCAACCCCGACCUCAUCUGGCGCUCAGACUUUGAUCGACCGCGACUCGGCCAGGGUGCAUUUCGCGAGGCGUUUCAGGCCGUGUUCCGCGCGCUCACGGGCAGGACGUACCCGUACACUCAGUACGGCAAACCCACGGCCGCGACGUACAAGUUUGCAGAGCAAGUCCUGCGUGACAGGCUGACGGAGAUCCAGGGCGGGCCUGUGAGCCAGAUGCCUCAAGUGUACAUGAUCGGCGAUAAUCCCGAGUCUGACAUCGCAGGCGCGAAUGCCGCAGGCUGGGAUUCCGUACUCGUGCAAACUGGCGUGUAUGACCCGGCGAACGGCCCACCGCAGCACCGGCCGACCCACAUCGUGUAUGAUGUCGAGGAGGCGGUGCGCUACGCUAUCGAUCGCGAAAUACAGCGCAUGUCAAGCUGGAGGCGACAUGACGCCCCUAGGCUAGAAAGGUCGUUUUCGGAGAAAUAGAGCCACCGGUAUACACCUGCUGGAUUUAUAGAUUUCAU